AUUCCGCUCUUCAACAGUAUCAAUGUACUCUUGACAGCCGACAAGGCAUGGAAUCCAACUUCAUUAUGCUUGAAGGGAUAUUAACAUGAAGUUCUUCACUAAUUAAGAUACGGGCGUGCCAUCCAUACGAUAUGUUGAGCUGGCUGGGUAUGUCCAUGUGCCUGCUGACCACGCUGACGGGGCUUGGAGCCCAGUACAAGGGGGAAACGUGCAACGCCUGCUGUGUGGGGCCGCAGGGACCAUCUGGGCCACAGGGCAAUCCUGGUUACCAUGGGCAACGGGGCCCUGAGGGGGAGAAGGGGGAAAGGGGGGAGAAGGGAUACAUCGGGGAGAAAGGUGCAGCAGGGUUGAAGGGUGAGACUGGUGAGCAAGGGGCUCGGGGCAGAAAGGGCAUGAAGGGCUGUGCAGGGGUCAAGGGUCUGGAUGGCGAGAAGGGAUCCAUUGGCCCAAUGGGACCAUUUGGACCUAAGGGAGACAAGGGGACUAAAGGUGAAAAGUGUGUCCCUACUCCUAGAAUAGCCUUCUUUGUGACCAGGACAUCUCGGUUUGGGCCAGUACAGCAGGACACGAACAUCGAGUUUGACAAAGUUUUUCUUAAUGAGGGGAACUCCUUCGAUGAGCACUCCUCCCAGUUUGUGUGCACUGUGAACGGAACGUACCUGUUCAAUGCUCAUGUACUCAGCCAGGAAGACAAGGAUGCAUUUGUGACAAUAAUGCUGAAUGAGCAGCCCCGCAUCCCGAUGCACGGGGACCACAGAUCCGGUUUCGGCGUGGCCAGUAACACAGCUAUGUUCCACCUCACCGUCGGCGACAAGGUCUACCUCAGGCUGAAGAAAGACUCCGCCAUCUCCAAUGAUUCUUCAACAUUCUCUGGAUAUCUCAUACAUGUUACUGACUAACACUGUACAGUGGUGGAAUUAAGCACAGUUCCAGUGAGCACUGAUACAAUAGUUGUAAAGCUUGUUUAAACUGUAGAUUUUAAAUAGACCAGCUUUUUACAAUUUCCAUUCCUUGAAGCAAAGCUAUGGUUUUAGCUAGAGGGUUAUGGGAGGGUGCUACACCCUAUCCUUUUUUGGAAGCACCCUUCUGUCCUCAUGGAGAUCUGAAUGUGCACCCUCCAGUUUUCAAAGUAUUAAAUGCUUAUGAUAAUCAAAUAUUUCUUUUGCUUUAAUCACAACUUGAAAAAUGAUUAUGAAUUCAAACUAACUUUACAUAUUUAGUAGUU